AUGGACGCACUAAACAGCAGAGAACAGCAGGAAUUUCAAAAAGUUGUAGAACAGAAGCAAAUGAAGGACUUCAUGCGGUUAUACUCGAAUUUGGUGGAAAGAUGUUUUACCGAUUGCGUUAACGACUUCACCUCCGCUAAGCUUACAAACAAGGAACAGACAUGCAUCAUGAAGUGCUCUGAGAAAUUCCUGAAACACAGCGAGCGCGUUGGCCAACGUUUCCAAGAACAAAAUGCCGCUAUGAGUCAGAGCAUGGGCCGUUAA